UGGCAUUUGGCAUGCGCAAACAGAGGUAUAAAAUCACCAGCGUUUAGCCAACGGCAUUAAAUUGUAAACAUUAGCAAUCCGGGCAACUUCUUUUCGUCGCCGCGAUGGGAAUAUAAGGUCAACCCCAAGGUGUGGGACCAAACAUUGCUCUUCAGUGCAUGGACGCAAAGCCAAUGCGCAGGGCCACCAGCGCACGCCAAGACGCCACUGGAAUGGACAUCACCAGCCGCUGCACUCUGGGUGACCCCAACAAGCUCCCUGAGGGGGUCCCCCAGCCCGCGCGCAUGCCCUACGUCUCGGACAAACACCCGCGGCAGACCCUGGAGGUGAUCAACCUGCUGAGGAAACACCGGGAGCUCUGUGACGUGGUGCUGGUGGUGGGCGCCAAGAAGAUCUACGCUCAUCGCGUCAUCCUGUCGGCCUGCAGCCCUUACUUCAGGGCGAUGUUCACCGGGGAGCUGGCGGAGAGCAGACAGACUGAAGUGGUCAUCCGCGACAUCGAUGAGCGAGCCAUGGAGCUGCUCAUUGACUUUGCCUACACCUCACAGGUGACCGUAGAGGAGGGGAACGUCCAGACGCUGCUCCCCGCCGCCUGCCUCCUCCAGCUGGCCGAGAUCCAGGAGGCCUGCUGCGAGUUCCUCAAAAGGCAGCUGGAUCCCUCCAACUGUCUGGGCAUCAGGGCCUUCGCUGACACACACUCCUGCCGUGAGCUGCUCCGCAUCGCAGACAAGUUCACCCAGCACAAUUUUCAGGAGGUGAUGGAAAGUGAGGAGUUCAUGCUGUUGCCCGCCAACCAGCUGAUCGACAUUAUAUCCAGCGACGAGCUCAACGUGCGGAGCGAGGAGCAGGUUUUUAACGCUGUGAUGGCCUGGGUGAAGUACAGCAUCCAGGAGCGCAGACCGCAGCUACCCCAGGUCCUGCAGCAUGUCCGUCUGCCGCUGCUCAGCCCAAAGUUCCUGGUGGGCACCGUGGGGUCGGACCCUCUCAUCAAGAGCGACGAGGAGUGCAGAGACCUGGUGGAUGAGGCUAAGAAUUACCUGCUGCUGCCCCAGGAGAGGCCACUGAUGCAGGGCCCCAGAACCCGGCCGAGGAAACCCAUCCGCUGUGGAGAGGUCCUCUUUGCAGUCGGCGGUUGGUGCAGCGGAGACGCCAUUUCCAGCGUGGAGCGUUAUGACCCCCAGACCAACGAGUGGCGGAUGGUGGCGUCGAUGAGUAAGCGGCGGUGCGGAGUCGGCGUCAGCGUUCUGGACGACUUGCUGUACGCGGUGGGAGGUCACGACGGCUCGUCGUACCUCAACUCUGUGGAGAGAUAUGACCCGAAGACCAAUCAGUGGAGCAGUGACGUGGCCCCCACCAGCACGUGUCGCACCAGCGUAGGAGUGGCCGUCCUCGGUGGUUAUCUGUAUGCUGUAGGGGGACAAGACGGGGUUUCCUGUCUCAACAUUGUAGAAAGGUAUGAUCCCAAGGAGAACAAAUGGACUCGCGUGGCCUCCAUGAGCACCAGGCGACUGGGUGUCGCUGUCGCUGUGCUAGGGGGCUUCCUGUACGCUGUAGGAGGGUCUGACGGGACGUCGCCACUAAAUACAGUGGAACGCUACAACCCUCAAGAGAACCGCUGGCACACGGUGUCCCCGAUGGGAACCAGGAGGAAGCACCUGGGCUGCGCAGUUUACCAAGACAUGAUUUACUCCGUUGGCGGGAGGGACGACACUACAGAGCUGAGCAGUGCUGAGCGAUACAACCCCAGGACCAACCAGUGGUCUCCUGUGGUGGCCAUGACGUCCAGACGGAGUGGGGUGGGCUUGGCUGUGGUGAAUGGUCAGCUGAUGGCAGUGGGGGGCUUUGAUGGGACAACGUAUCUCAAAACUAUAGAAGUCUACGACCCCGAUGCCAACACAUGGAGGUUGUAUGGAGGAAUGAACUACCGUCGGCUAGGCGGGGGGGUGGGCGUCAUCAAAAUGACUCACUGUGAAUCUCACAUAUGGUAACACCCAACCCCCUCCCCCCCCCACCACACGCACACAUACAUACACACGCUCUCUCACACUCCUCAUCACGUUGCAAUGGAUGCCUCUUUUCACCGACUCCCGUGCCUCCAAAAGAGACGCUGUAGUUCAGAGACGUGGGCGGGGGGGAGACGGAAAGUGGAACAAACUUUGAACUCUAGCUCAUCCCCAAACCCCCCCCUCACUCCGAGGUCAUUGACUUUGGGAUAUCCUUAGAUGUCUUCAUCGUUUGGACCACGGUCAGCAUGAAGUUUCGCCGAGAGCCGAAGUCUACAAAAGUACCAUUCAGCUUCCAGUUUGAGAGGAGAGCCCUUUUCUCCUGGGAGUUCUCACCCUCCGAGCAUCUCGGUUUGGGCCGUUUGAUUCAGUGUCUGCUACGGAACUCGACCUGCUGCUGAAGGACAUUAGCUUAAGUUUCAGAGGUUUAAGACAUUCAAGCAUCAGGUCACUGCAAAUCAACCCCCGAGGAAGAAAAACUGUUUGUUUUGUUUUGUUUUGAAUUUAAUAAAUUUUGUUUUAAAUUUAAUAAACAGCUUUUCCUGACCAGCCUUCAGUGAGUAAAAAAAAAAAAAACAACAACCAGCGGACUGGCAAAUGUUCUGUUCAUUGUGAGAUCGAUUACUUCCCGGAGACACAUCAUUGCAAACUGACUGUCGGACGUAAAUCCAGUCUUGCAUUCUUUAUUUCUUCUGCUCUGUGUUGGAAGCAUGCAUCUCAGCUGUGGCUGUCAUUGUCUCUGGGCCUCAGUUGUAGCAUUAAACAGUGGAACGCUGUCUGGCACUAGUCUUCUGAAGGCUGGAUACCCAGAGUGGGGGGAAAAAAAUUCAUUAGAGGAAGCCAGUGUUGCUCAAACAUUUCUUCUCCAAACAGUGACGUCAUUGAACGACACUCCGCUGCACUUUACACAGGGCUACUGUGGCAGUUUGUUACAUUAAUGAGUUCAAAUGUUUAGGUGCAAAUACUGACUGUGUUUUUAAAGGAUCUUCUCAACCCUGCCAUGGAAAGAACUUGGACACCAGAAUCAUCCAGUGGUGUUGCUGUCUUUUGCUCUUUUAGCUUCGGCUUAAGGUUCGAUGGACAGAUGGUUCAGCCAAGCAUCUUUGAGAGAGCGUGUCCUUCCCUGAAGGGUUCCAAUGACUGCUUCUCUUACAGUUCUGUUUAACAACCCUUUCUCCUACAAAAUGAAAUGUUCCCAUAAAACUAAACUGCACUCUCAAUUAUGUUUCAAGGGGAACUUUUAUUUGUCAAAUUAAAACUCAAAUCUCAAAAGGGCCAAAAGUACUUGGUUCACACAGGACACUAACAGCAGUCUCCAGGGUGAAAGUCCUGUGUUUAUGAAAAAAAAAAAGAAGUGUAAUCAUUCGAAGUCCCACUCGAAACUUAUUUCACAAUCCAGUUUCGUUGUUAGGAACAUACUUUUUAGUAGACAGGUCUGUGUGUAAACAAACCAUCUGGCCUGUCAGGGUAGGGAUAUGUUGUCAGUUCGGUAAAUAUAGAAUUUCCUCAGACUGACCCUUGAAAGCUAAUUGCCAUAAUUUCUCUUCCUAAUAAUCCAAAAUGCUCAGUGUUAGAGAAUUCGUGAAAUGGAGUACAAAUAUAGUGUUUGGAAAUACUAGAUUAAUUUUCCUGUUUCCAUAACAAGUGAGUUUACAGCUGGUCAUACAAUCGCUGUACACUGUGUUGGUACUGAACACUGGAGCCAGUGAUCUGCUGUGGACAGUUUUUAUGCAAAAAGACAAGUUUAGUGUCAAAUUAAAAACUGGACGAACUUUGAAGAUACCUGGACAGAACUGAAGCAAAUUUUAUUUCAGACAUCUGGAGAUAUCUUGGCCAAUGCAGCACCAACGCCCACACUCAGUUCAGACAUGUUAAUAGACACAGCCGAACUCUCUCAUUUAUCAUUAUUAUAAUAGAUUUAUAAUUUUGAAGUCUGUUGUUUUACUAAGUUCCAUAAUAUCCCUGAUGGCAAAUAUAAGGGAGGUGUUUUCUCAUUUGAAUGGAGGAGAAUUAAUCUCAAUUUCUCAGUUUGGAUUUCUAUUACAUGCCAAACUCUUAUAGCAUCAAAGUCUGACCUAUGACCUGCAACAAACUUAAAAAGGUUGGAGAGACAUUUUCAAAACAACAAAUGCAGUAGUAUAUUUAUCCCAGUUUGUUCAUAGAAUGUACCACAUGGAUUUAAUAUAAUAAUAUAUACUGCCACAGAAGUACAAGGAAACCCCACUCAGGUGAAGACUCCCAUACAUGGUAUUGCUUUGGUUCUGGUACUGUUGGAUGUCUUUGGUGGUCUGAGAAAAACAAUGCUUUUUCAGAUUUGUGACAAUUCAUUUUUCUGAUAAUCCAACAAAGUUUUAAACAGUCCAAUGAGUUUAAAAGGUAACACAAGUAAUCCUUUGCUUUAUUUGAAAGAUCAAACCAGAUUUGUAGUUGUCAUUGGACACGCAACAGAAACUUUGAACCUGUGAUAUUACUGAUGAGGGAAUGAAAAGUUUGGGUGGCCGAACAAACCCAGGAAAUGUUAGAAUUAUACCCAAAUAUUUCUUAUUCUAUGGUUUUAUUAAUGGUAUGUUAAUCCCCUUUUUUUUAACAUCUUUAGCUCUAGUCUUCUUCUUAAAACUGGCGAUAGAUAUUUGUCUUAACAAAUGUUUUCUGAGGCAUCCUAGACCAGUAAUGCUGUAUUUGGUGUCUUAAACUUAAGUGGAGUUUACCUUCCUAAUCUUGAAACCACUAACGAUGCAUUGUGAUUGUGAUGAGCAGAAGUCAGCCGGCCCUCAGUCAGUGGCCCUUAUACAAAUCUCUUGUUUUGAGUAUCCGCUGUGCAGUGUGAGCCGACGUGUUUCCGAAACACAGCUGUGACCUCUGGUGUUUGUUUCCAUGUAUCAUCCGUCUGCUGCGAUCACUGAAGCAGGUCCGGACUCACCGUGUUCACUACGACAAGGAUUAAACUUUUUUU